UGGAUGUAGCGUAGCAACGCGGCACAACAAGAUUAGAGUUUUAAUAAAGAAAAACAAAAUAAACAGAGGUUUAUUAUAGAAACAUUCUUUCAUUAACCAAGAACAACUAUUCAAAAACUAAAACAAAAUGUCCGGAGAACAGGCUCAAGCUUCCCAACAGAUGGAGAACGGUAUUCCAAAGGGGUCAAAAACAUCUGAUUACUACAAAACCAGCAAUAUACCAAACAGAUUUGAAAACCCUGACUGGUUCCAGGGUUAUGGUGGUAAAACCCAGCAUCCCAUGUACAGAACCACUGCUGCUACUUAUGGCGCCAAAACACCAUCCGUUCACACCAUGCCAACAUCAUUUCACUGCAGAUCUCAGAAAUUCUCUGAGCACUUGGGAACAUGUGGCAUGUACCGAAACCAUUCGCUCAACACCAAUUUGGAUACCAGCAAUGUUUAACCAUGAAAACAUCUAGAAUGACCAUCUAAAGACUGCAUCUAAAACCAAUAAAAAUCAUGUUAAAUAUUUGACUGUGAAAACUUCUUGAAAUACCAUCGAAAGACACCAUCCAAAACCAGUAAAAAUUAUUUUCAUUGGUUUAGUCAUAUACUAAUAAAAUCAGUUACGAAAAUUGGAAUAGCAAUUGAUACGCAGUUUUUGAUUUGUUCUCAACAUAACUGCUAAAAUUUACUAUAAUUUUGUGAAAACAGAGAUUUACAAAAAUAAUAAAUGCAGAUUAGAAUAAUGUUUGUGCAGGACACAUUUCUUUCGUCAGUUAUGAAUUUUAUACAAAAAAACCACACACAUGUAUUUGCAAAGAAUAUGCAUGAACAUUAUUUGUUUUUAACAUAAUUAUAGCUUCUUUUAAUCUUUUCUUUUCCUGAAUUUGUGGAAAUAAGUUCUAUUUACACUUUAUUUAGCUAAGAAUUACCUUAUCUUAAAUCUAGAACACUUCUAUCGUCCUUGAGCUAGUACAGUUGUAUCUGACUUGAGCUAGUACAUUUGUAUCUGACUUGAGCUUGUACAUUUGUUUCUGACUUGAUCUAGUACAUUUGUUUCUGACUUGAGCUAGUACAUUUGUAUCUGACUUGAGCUUAUCAAAACUUUUCAUGUGUCUUGUCUUAUUUUAUAUUUUUCUUAUCAUAUCACCAAAAGUAUAAGUAUGUAUGUGGUUGUUAUGUUAUAAUUAUUUCGUUUCUGUGAUAACUUGUUUAUGUGUGGUAGAGAAUUUUUUGUUUUACAAUAAAUUUUUGAAAAUUUA